AUGAAUAUACCUAAAGACAAUAUUAAUAAUAGAUUAAAUGUGACACUAGAAGUUGGUAAGGAUAAAAAAUUAAAAGUCGUGAAAACAUUUAUGAAUAAUAGCUUAGAUAAUGUUAACUCAAGAAUAAAUAAUCAAUCAGGAAAUUCAUUUUUAAAUAUUGAGAAUUACGAAAAAGGUUUAAAAAUUUAUUUAGGUCAUUUUAAAAAAAAUUUUGAUAAAUUUCAAGAAAAUAAUAUUUAUAAUGUAUAUAAUAUUAAUGAAAUCAAAGAAAAGAUGGAUGAAGAAAUUUCUGAUGUGAUGAAUUUAAUUAAUGUUGAUUAUGAUUAUGCUUACCGUUUUUUAAAAGCAUACAAUUUUAAUUCUAAUUAUUUAAUUGAGGAAUGGUUUAAGAAUUUUAAAAAUGUUUUAUCAAAAUCUGAAUUUUCUCAUUUAAAAGAAGAUAUUUUUGAGAAUCCAAAUUAUAAUUUACUUAGUAAGGAAAAUGAUACAGUUAAUAUAAAAGAGUUAGAUAAAGAUAAUUCAUCACAUAUAUCUAAUCAUAAUAACAAUUUCAAACAAGAAAAAUUUAUUUGUCCCAUUUUAUUAUUAGAAUGUGAUAUUAUAGAUACUUAUGCAUUAAAAUGUGGUCAUAGAUAUUCAAAAGAAUGUUGGUUAUGUUAUUUAAAAAUUUCAUUAAAUGAAGAUUUUGAAGAGAAUGUUAUUCAAAAGAAAUGCAUGGACACCGAAUGUAAAGAAUUAAUCAAAAAAGAAGAUUGGAAACAAAUAUGUGAUGAAAAAUUAUAUGAAAAAUAUGAAAAGAUUUUAUUAAAUAUUUAUAUAAAUAAAAAUUAUAAUUUAAAAAAAUGUCCUAAUAAAAAUUGUGAUUAUAUUAUUGAAUCUAUUAUGCUGAAAAAUAAUAACGUUAUUUGCAAAUGUGGCUACAAUUUUUGUUUUAUUUGUUCUUACGAAUUUCACAGACCUGUUACAUGUUCUAUUAUUAAAAAAUGGUAUGAUUUAGAAAAAAAAGAUGAUAAUAACAUAAAAUGGAUAAAUAUUCAUACAAAAAAAUGUCCUAAUUGUAAUGGGUCUAUUGAAAAAACCUCAGGUUGCAUGCAUAUGAAAUGUAUUUGUGGUUAUGAUUUUUGUUGGCUAUGUUUAGAAGAAUGGAAAAAUCACAAAGGUGGAUUUUAUAAAUGUAACAAAUAUUUGGAAGAAAUAAAGUCUAAUGAAAAUGAAAUAAAUAAAGAAAAAGAAGAAAAAAAAAAUUCUAACAAUAUUCUUAAUAAGUAUAAUCAUUAUAAAACAAGAUUUGAUGCACAUCACUACGGAGAAAACUUCUCUAUUAAAACACAGCUUCUUUUUUUAUAUAAUUUCUGUGAAUCAAAUAAUUUAGAAACACAAAAAUUUGAGAACUUUGAAGAUGCUAUAAUACAAACAAUUAAAUGCAGAAAAAUAUUAAAAUGGUCUUAUGCUUAUGCUUAUUUUUCAAAUUGGAAAGAUGAAAAUCAAAAGUAUUUUUUUGAAUAUCAUCAAGGAGAAUUAGAGAGAAAUUUAGAAAUUUUACAAAGAAAAACAGAGAGCAUAAAUUUAGAUCAAUUUAUUAAAAAUAGAGAAAACAAAAAUAUAAUAGUAAUUCAAGAAUUAACAAAAACGGUUGAUGCAUUUUUUAAAAAUAUUUGUGAAUUUAUUGAAAAUGAUUUUACCAAUUAA